ACGUUUGCUUGAUUUCCACAUGCCCCAAUCCCAGCCGCCAUCGCAUCCUUCCCUGUCUCCCACCUCCAAGCCAAUCCAAGGCGUCCACCACUCAGAUCCCCAUCUCUCUCCCAAUCCUCGCUUUGUCUCCUUCCUUCAGCGACCUGCACAGGGCAGCACCAGCAGGGGCGCUCGAUCCCCCUCGACCGGCUCCCUCUGGCCAUGCCGCUCACGCCGACAGGGAGCCCCCAUCUCAGCGCUGCGCCUAGCCUCUCCUGCUGCCUCGACCGAACACCAGAGCAGGCGCUGUCGCGCCCCAGCUCCACCCAGUCUCCACAGGCCGACGAGCCACAGGAGCUCGCCCCACCGCCGUGCCCUCAAGCCAUCCUCGCCGCCGCUUCAGGAGUGCCACAGGCCAUGGCCAUCCCCGCCAACUACCGCUGUUGCAGGCUCUCUCCGACCAGUGCCAAGGCCGCUCUCGGUCAGCCAGCCUGCCGAGCUCGCCGGAGUUCAAGCGAGUGCCGAUGUGACCUCUGCACCGUCCAAGCCGUGCUACAUCCCCGUCCUCGUUCGCCGCCUCAACCCGCACAAGCAUGCGUUGACCCUGCCCUGUCUGACUAGGAGCAAACCGUUGCUGUGGCUGUUUUUGAUUCAUUCCGAUCAGCUCGUUGAUAAGCUUCAUAUAGAUUUGAAUCCUUUUGUUGUAUCAAUUUCUCCGUAGACCAACUGGUUAGCCUAAUGGACCCCAAAGAAGGGGGUCUGGGUUCGAAUCCCAACAGCCCCUGGUUUCUAUGGAUCAAAUCCACACGUCCUUUCUUUUA